GGAGCAUCUCAGGCUUACUAUUUACGGUGCUGAGAUUCACAUGUGUGUCAGAAGUGCUGCAACUCCACUCUAGCUCACAUAACCCCGCCUGCUCAUCUUCAAUUUUAAGAGACUUCAUUGCCGAUGACAUAGAUUAAUCCUUAUAAACAUUCUUGUCGGCUGCAGACUGGAAAGGAUACUGAAAUUGAUAUUGAAAUUAUUCGCCGCCCAGUUGAAAAACUAGCAUAACAAUGUGUUCAAACAUACAGCCUUUAAACUUGUCUAUCCAAUUCAACGCAUCUUCAAAGAUUUCAGGAAACUUAUCCAGUCAAUUCAUCCAGGCGUCAUGGAAAAUCGGACUUUGGUCUAUUGCUUAUGGCUCUAUAGUGGCUGUAGCAGUCUUAGGCAACUUGAUUGUCAUUUGGAUCAUUUUGGCACACAAACGGAUGAGGACUGUCACCAACUACUUUUUGUUGAAUUUGGCUUUUUGCGAUGCCUCCAUGGCAGCAUUCAACACUCUGAUCAAUUUUAUAUAUGCCCUUCAUAAUGAAUGGUACUUCGGCCAAGCAUACUGCAAGUUUCAGAACUUCUUCCCCAUUACCGCCGUCUUUGCCAGCAUCUACUCUAUGACGGCUAUCGCAGUGGACAGAUACAUGGCAAUCAUUCAUCCUCUGAAGCCAAGACUGUCAGCAACUGCAACCAAGGUGGUGGUAUUGUGCAUCUGGAUUUUGGCAUUUGCACUUGCUUUUCCAUUGGGUUUCUACUCCAAGACUGUGCAAACACCACAGAGGACACUUUGCUAUGUUGAUUGGCCUCGGCGUUUUACAGACCAUUUCAUGUAUCAUACUAUUGUUACUGUCCUGGUUUAUUUAAUCCCUUUGGUUAUCAUGGGUAUUACAUACACCAUCGUAGGUAUCACCCUAUGGGGAGGAGAAAUCCCUGGAGAUACAUCUGACAAGUACCACGAACAGCUUAAAGCUAAGAGAAAGGUUGUAAAAAUGAUGAUCAUUGUUGUGGUGACAUUUGCAAUCUGUUGGCUGCCAUUUCACAUUUACUUCAUAGUCACAGGAAUAUGCACUGAACUAAUCCAUAGAAAGUACAUCCAACAAGUUUACCUGUCAGUGUUUUGGCUGGCCAUGAGCUCAACAAUGUACAAUCCUAUCAUUUAUUGCUGCCUAAAUAGCAGGUUUAGAGCAGGUUUUAAAAGAGCAUUUCGUUGGUGUCCGUUCAUUGAAGUGUCCAGCUAUGACGAACUUGAACUUAAAGCAACACGCUUCAAACCAACUCGCCAGAGCAGCAUGUACACCGUCUCCAGGAUGGAGUCCAGCAUGACUAUUGUGUUUGAGCCUAAUGAGGGAGAAAACUCGGCCCCAUCAAGAAAGAAGAGUGCCACAUCCCGAGAGACUAGCCUCAAUGGCUGUUCUGGUAACAGUAAUAAAACUUCCAGGAGCUCAAGUUUCUACAGUACAACCAACACUUCGCUAGAAGAAUAUUCCUGAAGAGUUUUGGCAGACACAGAUUAAAACUGGAACAGCCUGAGUAAACAGGUGCCAUAGACCAAGAUGUGUCUGCAAGGCAGACUUUACAAAGUGAUUUGAAUGUGAACGAGCCACAGCAUGAAGAACCAUAUGUUACCUGUCUGGGCUUUGUGCCAUCAUUUAAACACUAAAACUUACUUCUUAAGCAAUUUCAUCACUAAAAGAAACAAAGUUGAUUAUACAAUAAGGUAUGUCUUUUAGAAGUCAGUUCCUUGUAACUAUUUGGGUGCAUUGAUUUUCUUAAAUAUAUCAAUGGAUGUAAAAUUGAAGGCUUAAAUAAUGUUGACAAUAUGAAAAAUACUUCUUAAAACUCCUUCUCCUGAUCCUGAUAUUUUUCUGAUUGCAAAUCAUAAGGAAUGAAAUAUUAGUCAACUAAACUUUGUUUCUUCAGUCAUUUUCUUUUUUUUACAUUUUUAUGAUUUUUAUGUAGACCUUGUAAUUUAGAAGUUUGUUUAGAUAUUUCUGUACAUAUGUUUGAAUUGAGUUAUGUGUAUUUUGUGAAACGCUGUAACUAAGGCACAUUAUUUUAUCAUCAAUUAUCAUUUAGUGUCAAGUGAUUAAAAGAUCUGAAGAAAAACCUCACUAUAUUUUGUUCUGCUUUGUCAGUAUCAUAUUUGAAGAUCUUUUUGAUUAAAUUGUUCAGUCUACAAUAAUAUCAUUGUUAUAUUAAAUAUAUAGCUCUUUAUUACUGAGGAUAACACAAGGAUGUUUUGGCUAUCAAUGCUGCUCACAGAUCCAGAGUCCUGGAUUCAGUCCAGCGCCUGGUUACUUUCUGUAUAGGGUCAACUGCCAGGUAGGCUCUGGGCCCCCAAAAUCCUGUAUUGAAUUACAUAAGAGGGGUUUGUAAAUGUUAUAUUGUAUUAUGAUGUUCUCCACAACUUAUAAACCGUGUAUAAAAAAAUGAUGUUCCUUAAAAUGUUUUUGUUGUUAAAAUAUAUUAAACAUCAUGAAGUAAACUUUUUUAAAUGUAGUUUUCAGAAUGUAUAAUUUGAAGGGCAAAGUUCUUCAAACAUAAUCAGAACAGAUACUUUUGUACAAAUUGUUAAACCCCAUUUCACUAUGGAAAUGAAAGAAUGCUGUACUGAAAGCAUGUUCAAUUUUGUUUCAUUAAAAAUAACAUUCCAUCUAGACAAUAGUUACAAAUAUGCCACAUGAUGCUGACCAGACUUAGAAUAUGAUCCCAAACCCUGGUCAAAGUCAAUGAAUACACCGAAUCAUUAGAAAUCCUUCAGUCUAUUCAUGUCUGCUUUGAGGAUCUCUGCUGUUCAGAAAUACACCAGUUACAGCAUGUGCUUAAUUAUAAUGUCUAACUGUAUAAAGAGAAACAACAGAAAUUAAAAGUCUAUUGUAAAUGGAAGUUAUUGUUACAGCACCAUAUAUUCAUCAUCUAUUGAAAUCAAUGUAAUACAUGUAGUAAUAAAAUGCAGUGCACUUUACUUUUCAACAGCUGGUGCAUCACAAACAUUAGCACUGCUGUUGAGAAUCCCAUACCAAAUGCCGUAUAAUUGAUGCAAAAGACUAUCUGAUAGUAUAACCUAAUAAAGGAAAUUUUAAAGGCAAAAAAAUAAAAAAGAAUGAUGGGGAGAGUACUAAUCUCAUUUGAGUUCAUUUAACUUAUUGGUGAUCUGCCCUCAUUAAGGUGGCAAAAUGGGAGCAGGAAUAAACCAAGUAAAUAAAUAAAACAUUUCAUGAACAGCUGUAAAGAGGGUAACCUGGUCAACCAGGACUUCAGCUUGAGACUCUCACAGUUAUACCAUCAGCUACUUCUCUCUAUGUGACAGACAAUGGC